AUGUUCCGUGGCCGUGCCAGGAGGGAGAGCGUGGGAGAUGCGGCUUCACCUCCACCGUAUACAGCGUCCGAGGCUGGAGCACCGGGGAUAGAGACGAAGAAGAAAAGCACCCGCAAAGUCUUCUUCGGACGCAUCAUCCACAGCAAGUCUCUCAAGGAGGUCGAGAUCCUCCACAAAGCCAGCCUGGGCAUCGACGACAAGGGCACCAUUCUCUUCGUGGACUCGAGCGUCGCUUCCGCCGCCGAGGCAUGUGCCAAACACGCGGGCUUCGCCCACGCGGAGACGGUGACGCUGGGGCCGAUGCAGUUCCUCUUCCCGGGCCUCAUCGACACGCACAUGCACGCGCCGCAGUACCCCAACAUGGCGCUGGGCAUGGAGGGCGACCUGAAGGAGUGGUGCGAGAACUGGACGGACCCGAUGGAGGCGUCGUACGCCGACACGGCCAAGGCGCACCGCGUGUACCGCGAGAUGGUGCAGCGGGAGCUCGAGAAUGGCAGCACCACAGUCGCCUACAACUCGAGCAUCCACCCGGACGCGACCAACGUGUUGGCCGACACGUGUCUGGAGUUCGGCCAGCGCGCCGUCAUCGGCAAGCUGUGCAUCCUCGUCGGCAGCACGCACGGGAACUGGGAGGCCAGCGCCGCGCAGAGCCUGGCCAACGAGGCCAAGGUCGUCCGGCACAUCCGCCAGAUCGACCCGGCCGGCGAGCUGGUGAUGCCGUGCAUCCAGCCUCGCGCGGGCUCGUACGUGCCGCCGGAGCUGAUGGCCGGGCUGGGCGAACUGUACUCCCGCGAGAGCAAUAGCGACACCAACAACCCGGUCCGGGUCCAGGCGCACAUGUGCGAGACGCCGCUCGAGGUGGCCGACAUGCACGCCCUGCACGCGGGCUUCGAGAGCUACGCCGACAUGUACGACCACUACGGGCUGUUCGGCCCGCGCACGAUCCUGGCGCACUGCAUCCACCUGACGGAGCGGGACAUGCAGGUCAUGGCGGUCCGGAAAGUCGGCGUCGCCCACAACGCCAACAGCAACACCUGCCUCACCGACGGGUGGUGCCGGGUGCGCGAGCUGCUCGACCGCGGCAUCAAGGUCGGCCUGGGCACCGACUGCUCGGCGGGAUACUCGAUCUCGAUCCUCAACUCGAUGCGGCAGGCCAGCAACGUCUCGCGCCACCUGACCAUCCACACGGGCGACCCGGGCUGGAAACUCGGCUUCGACGAGCUGGUGUAUUUGGCCACCAUGGGCGGCGCCGAGGUCUGCGCCCUGGACCACAAGGUCGGCAAUUUCCAGGUCGGCAAGGCCUUCGACGCCCUGCUCGUCGACGUCGGCCUCGACGACGACAACAUCAACACCAACGGCUUCGAGCACGACGACAUGGCCCUGUUGAAGAAGUGGGUCUUUAUGGGCGACGACCGGUCGAUACGAAAGGUCUUUGUGGGCGGACGACUGGUCGCGGGAAAGGAUCUCAAGGGUGUCACCAAGGGCGUGUCGACGUCUUGA